UCUUAUGUAUGUUUUGGUGUCGUAAGUGUUCCUAGUGCCUGCGGGCGUUUGACUGGUAUAUAAGACGUGGCAAACAUUUUCCAGGCACAGAACUCAUCCAGCCGUUCAUCUUAGUUCCUCCUAAGCUUCCAGUCAUACUACGACAGAAACAUGGCCAAGGUAGCAACAACAGCAGCGUGGUGCCUCGUGGUGCUAGCGGCAGUGGUGGCAUUGGUGGCAGCGGAGGCAGACCCCGGCCACCACCACGGAGGAAGGCGCUACUAUAAGCGCCCCAGCCACUACAGCCAGAGACGCCCACAUGGCGCCGCCCACGUUCCUCACUCGGGCCACUCUGGCGCCCACGGCCUUGCAUCUGUUAGCCACUCCGGAGCCGCUCACAGCGUGCAUAACUCUCACUCCACCCUCGGCCACACCUCUGCCGGGCACGGAUCCACUCACGGCGUGCACAACACUCACUCCACCCUCGGCCACACCUCUGCCGGGCACGGAUCCACUCACGGCGUGCACAACACUCACUCCACCCUCGGCCACACCUCUGCCGGCCAUGGAUCCACUCACGGCGUGCACAACACUCACUCCACCCUCGGCCACACCUCUGCUGGACACGGAUCCACUCACGGCGUGCACAACACUCACUCCACCCUCGGCCACUCAGCCAGUCACGUGAAGGGCACCACUCACGGCGUACACGGCGGCCACGGCAAGAAGUACUACCACUAACAGAACCAGGACCAGUAUUGUCGCAGAACGUGUGUUCCUCCCCAGCACACAGGUGACACCUCAGGUCAUGGUGUGGAUCUCCUCACAAGACUACCUAAGCAGAUAUUAUACUUUGUUUAUCAAUUUCGUUAUAAUAAAUACUACUGAACUAUG